UUCCUAUGGAAAACAGGGAUGUCCUCAUUCACAAAACAGCUGUACCCAUUUAUCUGCCACAAAACCCAAACACCGUGCCCAGCUGCUAGCUAAAGAAGCAUAGUAAAGAAAGAAGCGCAGGCCUAGCUUUAGUGAAAUUAUUUUGUCACAUUUGUUUUUAAGUUGGCACCGGGACUCAGCUGUUUCUUGUUACGUCGUUUUUGCAUCUCUUGUAACUGAAGUCAGCCGGGGUUGUCUCAUGUUUUUACUAAGAACUGACAAAAAGUGAAGUGAAGAGGUUGGUUUGAUGUGCGUGACAUCACAACAAGAGGCACCAUGAGUGCGGAGCUGGAUGCACUGACUGUGGUGAACCAGCUGCGAGAUCUCGCCGCAGACCCCCUGAACCGGAGAGCCAUAGUAGAAGACCAGGGCUGUCUGCCAGGUCUCAUCCUUUUUUUGGACCACCCCAACCCACAAGUCGUCUACUCUGCACUACUCGCCGUCCGCUACCUGGCAGAAUGUCGAGCCAACAGGGAGAAGAUGAAGGGCGAGCUGGGCAUGAUGCUGAGUUUGCAGAAUGUCAUGCAGAAGACUACAUCACCUGGGGAGACCAAACUGCUGUCCUCUGAGAUCUAUGAGAUCCUGCAGUCGGCUGGUAAAGAAGAGGCCGAACAAGCAGAAGCAGCUGCUGCCUCCUGCCGGCGUAAGGCCCAGUUCUUCCUGGGCUCCAACAACAAGAGGGCCAAAACUGUGGUGCUGCACAUCGAUGGACUGGAUGACUCUACUCGAAGGAGCCUGUGUGAGGAGGCCUUGCUAAAGAUCCGAGGGGUCAUCAGCUUCACCUUCCAGAUGGCUGUCAAGAGAUGUGUUGUCAGGAUCCGCUCUGACCUUAAAGCUGAGGCACUGGGCACAGCAAUCAACUCCACCAAAGUAAUGACGGCUCAGCAGGUGGUGAAGACAGAAGACGGAGGAGAGCUGAUUCUGCCAUUCCAGGAGGACUCUGAGGUGCUGGUAGAGGAGAACACGGACAUCCCAGACUACCUGCCUGAGGACGAGAGUCCGUCCCAGGAGCCGGACAAGGCUGUCACACGUGUAGGCUCUAUCACAGACGGAAUAGGCUGGCUCAGCACGGCCGCCAACUUCCUGACCCGCUCUUUUUACUGGUGACCACUUCCUGUGUUCCUCUCCCUGCUCCCUGUUUUCCCAAAAGUACCAUCCAGCUGCAGCGUUAGCAUCUCUCAGCCUAAUCCCGGACUAAGCCCUGCCUCUCGGUCCUACACUAGUCUAGACUCCCCUCUGCAAAGCACAGAGAGCCCGGCCACACGUGUGCAACAAGUGUUGGACUGCUGGGUGGAGCCUGCAAUAACUUUAACUUGUGUAUAUAUUUAGCUACAAACCUCACUACGGGCUGUACGUGCACAAUUAUAUACUAGCUGCAUUUGUAUUUCACACAACAUAGUCAGAGGACUUUUAAUCAGCCCGAAACCAAAUAGUAUUCUGGAAAAGAGUUUCAUGGCGUUGAGAGAGUUGACACGUGGCAGGUGUAUUUCAUUGUUCUUUGGCUGAUUUUGCGUACAUUGAGAAUUGGGAGUUCCUUUUUUUUUUUUUUUUUUUUUUUGUGCAUGAUUUUGGUUGCUUUCAUCCUGGUAUGUUUCCCAGUCAUUGUCCUUGUACUCUCUAAAUGUUUUCAUAUUUGUCAUUCUUUAUUUCCUAAUUAAGCAGAUUUUUUUUUCAUCCCUAUUGAGAUUUUUUUUUUUUAGCAUGCUAUGAGUCUUUUGUGCCAAUUUUGCCCGAUGCCUGUGAUUGUUGCGUGUGCCUUUUUGACAUUUCACUGUAAUUAUUAUUUAUUCAUCAUUCAUUCAAAUGAUUUGAUAGCAUGUCAGAUGUAACAUUUGUGCUUCCCUAGCAGCAGCCAGCCUCCCCCGGGCUUUUAGCUCAUUGAGGGACAUCACUUCGGUAGAAAUAGUAAACUAGACACCAGCAAGAGGCUGCAGCCUAUUCAGCCACUGGCUCACACGCGUAUGACUGUUGCAUACUGAAAGAGGAACCGAUUAGCUAGCUGGCUGAUUAAUACACCACCGCUCAUUGCGUUUAGCUGUUGCUGCCACAGAUCUGGACUCCGAUCAAGCUUUUAACGCGAGAAAAAUCAAAUGCGAGUUCUGCAGUGGUGGUGAGCUGACUGACUGCUCCUUAUGUUAAUUGCACAGACUUUAGGCUACCUCCGCUUUCAGUGUCCCAUCUCACAUCAGCAUUAAGGUACUUUUAGUAGAACCCUAGAUCUGCAUGGCAAAGACAAACCUGUUAGCCGCCUGCUUGUGCGACCGGACUCCCACUAGCAUUUUUACAGUAUUGUGAACCCGCCUGUUCAGUUCCAUUUUCAGUUUAGCCAGCAGUGUCCUUAAAACAAAGAUCAUGUCAGUGCACACUCUCACACACACACAUACAGAGGACUUACUAAUGCUGUCAUAUGAGCAGUAGCGGCAUAAUGUAACAAGGGUGUGGUUAUGUACAUUUUGUAAAUGGUGCCUGAUUCUCAAAGAUCUCAGGCGUUAACAUGUGAAGGAAAAUUCUGUUUUUGUAAUUCUAAUUCGCAUUUUAUGUCACAAUUUAGGAUAAGAGUUUGUAGCAGCUAAUGCUAAUGCUCUAAGUGAGUAUUUUCCAGAUUCUUUAGCCCGUACCACCCUGUGAGUCACACCAGUUUUAAUUAUUAUCUCCUCUGACUCGUGUGAGUGUCAUUAACUAUGAUACACAAUGCUGACCAGGUGAGUUUUAUUGUUUUGAUGGUGCAGAGACGUCACAGUUGGUUGAGGUCAAACUGAUGGAAUGGCACAGAAUGACCUGAAUAACGUGAACGGAUGGCGGCUAUUCUCUGGAAAAGCAAUAAUAUUUUGCAUUACAUGCAGUCACUAUCGUUCAGCAACAGCCUUCAAAAUAAUGUUUCGACUAAAUGCAAUUAGUUAAAAGUUAGGAUCAUCAUCAAUAUUAAAAUUUCUUCAUCUGUCCAUUUUGCACAGAAUUAAUCUAUCAACCGCAUCACGUGUCUCUGCUCAUAUUGCAAAGAAAAUACUUGAAAAUUUUUUGUUGAUCAAUGUGUAAAUUUCCCUUUACUGUUAGAUUCACCACAUCUGUAAGGCUGACAAAGAACCGCAAAUUAAGUCCUCAGAAAUGUAACAUGUGUACAGACUUCAUCUGUCAUCAAAUGUAAUAUAAUGUAAUGCAAAUCUUAAAACUGUAGAUUCCCUUACACUGUUAAUGCAUACAAUGAUAAAUGUAAAAUCAACCGUU